AUGACUAUCUCUGAGGAGCAAUCAAGACCCGACCCAAUUCUCUUAUCGUUAUUUGCUAACAGGUUCAUGUCAGUAGCUGAGGCUAUGGGUAGAAGUCUUCAACAAACUUCAAUUAGUACGAACAUAAAGGAAAGACUCGAUUACUCCUGUGCUAUUUUUGCGCCCAAUGGUGACCUUGUUGCGAACGCUCCACAUCUUCCUGUUCAUCUUGGUUCCAUGUCAUUUGCAGUAAGAUACCAAAUUAAGCUUUUGAAAGGUCAACUUUAUCCUGGCGAUGUGAUCAUGGCCAAUCAUCCGAACGCAGGAGGUAGUCAUCUACCAGACAUCACUGUGAUCACACCAGUAUUCAAUGAUGACAAGCUAGUCUUCUUCACUGCCAGUAGAGCCCAUCAUGCCGAUAUAGGGGGAAUCUUACCAGGCUCUAUGCCACCCACCUCAACCAAUAUUUUUCAAGAAGGAGCACAAAUUAAAUCAUUUAAAAUCGUUUUUAAAGGAAUUUAUAAUAAAGAUGAAUUAUUUAAAUAUUUAGUUGAAGAACCUUCUAAGUUUGAAGGUUGUUCUGGUAGUAGAUGUUUUCGUGAUGUAGAAAGUGAUCUUAAAGCUCAAAUAGCUGCUAAUAAUAAAGGGGUGGGGUUGAUCAAUCUCUUGAUUAAAGAAUAUGGACUGAAGACCGUACAAGAUUAUAUGCUGCACAUUCGUGAUAAUGCAGAGUUAGCUGUGCGUAAUCUGUUAAAACAAGUAGCUAAGAAGCAAAACACAAGCAAACUACAUGCUCUUGAAUAUCUUGAUGAUGGUACUCCUUUGGAAAUCACCAUCACCAUCAAUGAGCAAGAUGGAUCUGCGGUAUUUGAUUUUGAAGGCACUGGUCCAGAAUUGAUAGGUAAUCUGAAUACUCCUAAAAGUGUUUCCUACUCAGCCAUCAUUUACUGUUUACGUGCUAUGGUGGAUGAUGAUAUCCCACUCAAUCAAGGAUGUUUAAAUCCAAUAGAAGUCAAAAUCCCAAUCGGAUGUUUCUUAGAUCCAUCAGAUACUGCAGCAGUAGUAGGUGGAAAUGUAGAAUCAAGUCAAGUGAUCACUGGUUUGAUUCUCAAAGCCUUUAAUGCUUGUGCUGCUAGUCAAAGUACUUGUAAUAAUUUAACGUUUGGCAGUGGUGGUAAAGAUUCUAAUGGAAAUCAUGUUGCUGGAUGGGGAUACUAUGAGACUAUUGCUGGUGGUAGUGGUGCAGGUCCUGGUUGGAAUGGUACUAGUGGGGUACACACUCAUAUGACCAAUACACGUAUCACUGAUCCCGAGAUUCUUGAAAGACGUUAUCCGGUAUUAUUACAUCAGUUUUCUCUCAGAGAAGGCUCUGGGGGUGCUGGAUUCUAUACUGGAGGUGAAGGAGUGAUAAGAGAAUUGGAAUUCUUGGAGCCAAUUCAAUGCUCGAUCUUAUCAGAAAGAAGAGUUCAAAGACCUUACGGUUUAGAGGGAGGUCAAUCAGGAAAAGUAGGACAAAAUCUAUGGAUUAAAAAAACAAGAGAAUCAGAUGGAGAUUUGAAUCUAAAUAAACCAAAUCAAGAUAGAAUAAUUUCAUUAGGUGGUAAACAAACUAUUAAAAUGGGAACAAAUGAUCGAAUCAAAAUUAUCACUCCUGGUGGUGGUGGUUGGGGAAACGAAAAUGAUAGGUCAGUUCAAGGUCAUCAAAUGAAUGAUAAGAGUCGGGUUGACUUUUUGAGAGGUAGUCUUCAAGAUAGAAAAAAUACUGCUGAAGGUGCUUGA